AUGGGGUUGCAGGCGCUAGUGAAGGCCUUUCGAGGCGCCACCAACUCAUGGAAGGGCAAGUCGCCGUACACCUCGCCGGGAGGGAAUUCGACUUUGGCCACAAGCCUCGCGCUCGUCCUCGUCUUCCUCGUCUCCAUGUGGCUCUUCACUUCGCCGGGUAAAAGUCCAGCCAACGGAUUGCAACGCAUUGCGGACGACGCGGUUUACACGGCGGUGGUGGUGGAGGAGCGCCGGGAAGAGUCGGCGGAGAGGCAGGCGGCGCAGUACGAGGGGGAGAAGGCGCAGGAGGCGCGUGAGCAGGCGAAGGUGGCGGCGGAACUGCAGCAGGUGGAGGAGCAAAUAAAGGAGCUGGGCGGUACCGACGCUGCGGACCGCGAUGCUGACGUGGAGCGCAAGUCCAGCCGCAAGGAGGGUCCUGCUGACGACAGCAAGGCGGAGCCGCUGCCGAGCCAGGCGGCGGAGUCGAAGGUGGAGCAGGCGCACGCGGAGACCGAGCCCGACACCGAGGAAAGCAGCACCGCCGAGAACAGCGACGCGACGGGCGAGACUUCCGAGGCAGGCGCGGCGGGCAAGGAGGAGGAGGAAGAGAAGGCGGAGAAGGCGGAGAAGGCGCAAGAGGACGGGGAGGAAGCUUCCGCGUCGCGGCCGACAUCGGUGGCGCCGUAUCCGCUGUGCGUGGAGCAGAACGACGACUACAUCCCCUGCUUGGACAACGAGAAGGCGCUGCGGCAGCUGAAGAGCACGAGCCACUACGAGCACCGCGAGCGGCACUGCCCCGCCGUGGCGGAGGUGCCGCGCUGCGUGCUGCCGCUGCCCGACGGAUACAAGCCGCACAUUACGUGGCCGGAGAGCCGCGACCAGAUCUGGUACAGCAACGUGCCGAAGCCGUCGCUAGCGAACUACAAGGCGGACCAGAACUGGGUGAAGGCGGACGGCGACAAGUUCCUCUUCCCGGGCGGCGGCACGCAGUUCAAGUACGGCGCCACGCGCUACAUCGAAUGGGUGCACGACGUGUGUCCGGAGCUGGCGUGGGGCAAGCACGUGCGCGUGGUGCUGGACAUGGGGUGCGGCGUCGCGAGCUUUGGCGCGUAUCUGGACGCGUUCGACGUGCGCGUGAUGUCCGUGGCGCCCAAGGACGAGCACGACGCGCAGAUCCAGUUCGCGCUCGAGCGCGGCGUGAGCGCGCUGGUGGGCGUGAUGGGCACGCAGCGCCAGCCGUACCCCGCGAACUCGUUCGACGCCGUGCACUGCGCGCGCUGCCGCGUGCCGUGGCACAUCGAGGGCGGCAAGCUGCUGCUGGAGCUGAACAGGCUGAUUCGUCCUGGGGGGUACUUUGUCUGGUCCGCCACGCCGCUGUGCCUGCACUGCUCCGCUAAGGAGCCUGAUGACAAGGAGAUCUGGAGCGCGAUGCGCAAGCUGACGAAGAACAUGUGCUGGAAGCGGGUGGCGAAGAAGGUGCACCGCGAGUUCGGCAUCGGCGUGGCCGUGUGGCAGAAGCCGCUCGACAACGAGUGCUACGACGCGCGCCCCCGCAAGACCAUCCCGCCCAUGUGCCCCGACAGCAACCGCGCGGACGCCGCGUGGUACGAGCCGAUGGAGGCGUGCCUGCACAGCGUGCCGUCCGCCAAGGCGCUCACCACGUGGCCCGCGGAGGGGCGCAACCGCCUGGUGACCGCGCCCCCGCGCAUGGCGGAGGUGGCGCGCGGGCUGUUUGGCAAAGCGGGCCCGGCGGACUUUGACGCGGACACGGAGUUCUGGGAGCGCGAGACCAAGCGGUACUCACGCCACCUCAACAUGGACUGGACGACCGUGCGCAACGUGCUGGACAUGGACGCGCACUAUGGCGGAUUCGGCGCGGGCAUUUCCGACAAGCCUCUGUGGACCAUGAACGUGGUGCCAGCUGGGAACGCGAGUGAGGGGCUGGACACGCUGCCCAUCGUGUUUGACCGCGGGCUGCUGGGCGCGUACCACGACUGGUGCGAGGCCUUCAACACGUACCCGCGCACCUACGACCUCCUGCACGCCGACCGCCUGCUCGGCAAGAUGAUGCAAGGCAGCAGGUGCGAUGUGGAGGCGGUGAUGCUAGAGAUGGACCGCAUUCUGCGCCCCAUGGGGUACGCCAUCAUCCGGGACACGGCGCCGCACCUGCCACGCAUCGAGGCCAUUGCCAAGCAGCUGCACUGGGAGGUGAAGAAGGCGUUCCGGCGCCCUGGCAGCUCGGUUAUCAGCUUCCAGAAGACCAUGUGGCGCCCUGUUGCUGCUUAG